GGAGGGGCGGAGCCGCGCCACACGGGGCCGAAGCCGUGCCGCCGGGUGGGCCCGGGUAUGGCGCGAUCGUCUCCGUCCUCCUACCGGGCGGCGGUGCCUCCUCGGGCUGCCUGCGUCUACACCAGCUGCUACUGCGAAGAGAACGUGUGGAAGCUGUGCGAGUACAUCAGGAGCCAGGAUCGGUACCCUCUGGAAGAAUUCUAUGCUGUCUUCAUAUCCAACGAUAGGAGGAUGAUUCCACUCUGGAAACAGAAAUCAGGGCAUGGAGAUGAACCUGUUGUCUGGGACUACCAUGUUAUCCUACUUCAUGUUCCGGGUGGAGAGCAGAACUUCAUUUAUGACCUUGACACUGUGUUGCCAUUUCCAUGUCCUUUUGAGAUGUACAGCGCAGAGGCCUUUAGGCUGGAUGACAGCCUUCAUCCAGAAUUUCACAGGAAGAUCAGAAUGAUUCGAGCAGAUUUGUACUUGAAGACGUUUGCUUCGGACAGAUCUCAUAUGAAGGAUGCAAAUGGGAAAUGGCAGAAACCUCCUCCUUCGUACCCUUGCAUUGAAACUGCGGUCUGUACCUUACUACACCAGAAGGAACAUUCACAAGUCAUCCAAGUCGGACUCCUGCUCUAAGAAGGUGUAAUGAGAUCAGCAUUCUUUAGGACUCUCCAGUCUAGUCUUGAACAAUACCAGGAAUGGAGACUGCAACACCUCUGUAGGCACAAUAUUCUAGUAUUUGACCACAGUCAUGGAAAAAUAAUACAGGUAUAUUUUUCCUAGUAUGUAAUUGGAAUUUCCCAUGUUCCCUGGUGAGUUGUGUUGCCAGGCUCCUCCAAGAAGGCUCUGGGUCCAUCAGUAUCGUCUAAUCCCAUACCUGUACACAGCAGUAUGGUCCCUCCUUCAUCUUUGUUGAAGGCUGAUCAGGUCUUGUUCUCUCAGCCUUUCCUCAUGUCAUGUUCUCCAGCUCUCAACAAACUUGAUUGUCCUCUGGUGGACUCACCAUAGAACAUCAAUGUCUGUCUUUUUUUUUUUUCCUUCUUUUUUUUAUAUAUUGAGGGAUGAAAAACUGGACAGAGUACUUUGAUAAGGUGCUGUGAUCUCCUGGUCAGACGACCAAAUGUUGCAGAUAGCAGUAAAAGGUUACUCCGUACGCACUGAAGGUAGAUCACUCACUGUGUAGGUUCAAUAUUUGGGUCUCCAAACAGGAAUAAACUGUGCCUGAUCGAGGAGGUCUUGCUGAGAUUGCCUUUCACUCAGAACCAGUUUCUCAAGCAUUGUUUUUGUCUUCCCUUUCCUCAUUUGAGGUAUCUCACAAUGCUGUGUGCGUCAGUGUACACAGCACCAGAAGUCAGUGAGGAGUUUAGAUGUAACAGCUGUGGAACAAGCAUGUGCCUAACUUGUAGUGAAAUCCUAGCAUUGUGCUUCAGUCAUGCACUUCUGUAGAUCAGAAGGCAUCCUGCAGAACAACAUGGAGAUUUAGAAAACAUCAGUGCCAACAUGGGGAACCUGUAAUUUUCUUCCUUUAGAGACUGGUAAAGUAAUAAUUUCUCAGCAUAGUUUUAUCAGGCAUAAAGUAUCUUUUUUUCAUCUUGUUUGAAAACUGCGUGGAUGACCUUUUGUUACCAGAAGAGAGCCUGAAGUAUUAAUGUUGACAUCCAUGACAAAUUCCAUGGCAGAUAAUUGUUUUCUCCCCACCAUUUCACUUAGAGUACUCUGCUUUCCAUGUUAAUUUGUGAUUGUAUAGACGAAAUUGUUCACAUUUCAUGUUAGAAAUGACUGCAAUUUAAUGGCUGACAGCAUUGACUGCAUAUAUUGUUUUAGUGUCAGUUUAUUUGUGAAGCAUAUCUAGAUCAGAGCAUUAUAUUUUUCUUUGUUAUUGUAUGGCUGUCAUUUAGAGAAGCUACACUCGUAAGCUCUUGGGAAGAUGAUUAUGAAGGCAUGCAAGGUUUUUACACUGCUUCUGUUUGAUAUGCGUCUUUGAUGUUGAAGAAGGGCUUUUUUUAAAGAAAUUAAGGAUUAUUUUAAAAACAAAAAGCCAACCAAAACCACAAAAACACAGAAACAAAGUAAAAAAGCAGCCCAGACUUACAUCACAUCUCAUUUCAAUUUGCAUGCUAGUGCAAUUUGCUUUUGCAACUGGCUCUGCCCUACUUGUUUGCAGAGCUAGGCCUGUGUGUGUCCUUUUGACAGUGCUCUGGCCUCUGCUGUGAGUGCCAGGCGAAGCUGGUUAACCAAACUGGUGAGCUGCGCACACAGUGCUUCCUCACCCAGCUUUAUACUCCAAGCAGCUCUGCCGGAAUGCUCAUGCUUGAGCUGUAGCAGACUGCUCUGCCCUGUUCCAUCUGAAUGCCAGUGGCUUCCUGCUGGAAGAAGACAGAAGAGCCUGGUAUUCUUUCUUUCUUUUUUUUUUUUUUAAACAAGAUAUGACUUAAGGCACAGAUUCAUCAUUCGUGGGCUCUCUAACCCAGCCUGGGGUUAUCUCUUCUAUCUUCCCUCUACAAAUUAACGAGGUUUGAUUCUGCUUACUUUACGAGUCCUGAUGAGAUCAGCGCUCCUUACUGCAAGCCCAUGUGAAACACAGCUUGCACAGUGCAUUUCACAAUUACUCAGAACAGAUGGUCUUACAGCUUAUGUACAACUGUUAACAUCGCUCUUAACACUGAAAAGCCUUGUUUGAAUUUCAGUUCUCCCCACGUGUGUGGCAGCACAUGUGAGGAUUGCUUUCUAAAGGCUUUUUUUUCUUUUUUAGUUUUGAAGAUAAUGUAAGUAGGACAGUUGAGAAAUUCUGGAAGUGCUUUGUCACUUACCUAUGCAACAGGCAGGCUGUUAGACAGACGCCAGGCAGAUGUCUGCCAUUUCUGUCUUAUCUCCACUACCAGGUAGUGGUAGAAUCCUUGUGAAAGCCAGAAGGGCCAGAGGAAAAAAAAAAGAAGACUAAUAUGAACAUAAGUAGCUCAAAGUAGCUCAUACGCACUAUAACCUUCAGUUCCUCUCAUUUGGGAUUAGAAGGAAAGACAUCGAGGCCUUGGAGCGUGUCCAGAGAAGGGUAAGGAGGCUGGUGAGGGGUCUGGAGCACAAAUCUUGUGGGGAGCAGCUGAGGGAACUGGGAUUGUUCAGUCAUGGAAGAGGAGGCUCAAAGGAGACCUUAUUGCUGUCUACAACUGCCUGAAAGGAGGUUGUGGUGAGGUGGGGGUUGGCCUCUUCUCCCAGGUAACAGCGAUAGGAUGAGAGGGAAUGGCCUCAAGUUGCACCAGGGAGAUUCGGGUUGGAUAUUAGGAGAAAUUUCUUCUCCAUAAGAGUGGUCAGGCAUUGGAACAGGCUGUCCAGGGGGUGGUGGAGUCACCAUCCCUGGAGGUGUUCAAGAAACGUUUAGAUGUCGUACUGAGGUUUAAAGUAUUGGUGGUAGGUGAUCAGUUGGACUGGAUGAUCUUAGAGAUCAUUUCCAGCCUUGGUGACUCUGUAAUUCUAUUCUGUGAAAACUCAGAUCUGUCAAGCUAGGCCCUUAUUUCAUGAACUUUUGCACAAUUAAAGACUCAAGUAGGGUAGUCAGUCCGGGUACAACUCAGAAUAGAAAUUUUUUAAUAGUGGGAGUGGCUGACUGAAGUUACACAGCUUUCUGUGAACCGUGGAGGCUUUGUUUCAGACUUUCUCACCCCCCAGUAGUACUUGAGCAGCUGUCAUGGAGACCAAGGCCCAUGUCUGUGAGCCAAGCCAAGGGUCGGCUGCAGCACCUCCUUCUGCCUCCUGUUGGCAGAAGCCACAAGUAUAUCCUGGGUAACAUGCUCGCUGAUUGUUCACGCACAAAUGCAAACUAUUAUGCAAUACAGCAUCUGAGGAGGGCUGUGAGUGUAAUAUGAAUCUUAAAAAUAGAUAUUCUUAAAAAGCUCUGCUGCUCUUGACUUUGUUUAAGUCUUACAUAAAACAUGUAGCUCUUUGCUUCUGUGGAGGAAUCCUCCUGGUUUGUCAGCUGUAGAAUCCAGAUGUCCCAUUUGUAAAUUCUGCUGUGUAUCGUUCUUUUAUCUGCCUCAGAAAAAGGACUUUCUGUUGUCCUCAUGUGUUUGGUUUUUUUUUGCUGGGCUGCUUCUAAAAGCUGUAAGGUCUAACAUAACAUGCAUGGCAUUCAGAGAUAACACGAAUAAUAAGAACAGGGGGGCUUUUAUCUCCUGAAAUGAAUAAAACGUGAGAGGUGUCUGUUUUCCAAUGGAUAGUUGUCAUAUUGCUUCAGUGCCACCUGCUGGUUGGUUCUUAGAUCAUCCAUUGCUGACAGGAGGGUUCUUGUUUGCUGGUUAAAGCAGCUCUUUUAUUAAGCUUCUGUGACAGACUGUGUUUUGCUCUGCCGCAAUCCUUCUGAAUGCGAGAGAAUAUUUCACUUCCUACAGAUGUUGUGACAGCCACUUUCAAGUUACUAACAGCAGCAGCUGUGUUUGUAACUACUGGAACAAUCCCCCUUGGGCUUCCUUACUAUUCUCAGAAUGUUAUCACGAGAUUAUUAUUCUACAAAGUGCACAUAAAACAGGGAAUUACUUAUCCUUUAUGUCUUAAACUAUAUGAGUAAUCAAAUUCAUUUUAAAAUAGAAGCAUCUGGAAAGAAAAGACAAGCUGGGAAUUGGAAAAUAAGCUUACCAGUUUACCCGCAAGCAAGAGCUUUUAUCCUCUGCUAAUUGUUCUUGAGCUACAACAGCAAAUUGCUGGGCUUGUGCUAGUUUAAAUCAUCACAUAAUCAGGCAGAAAGUUGCCCUGUUCUGUUCUUUGGAAGCGGGACCGUGCUUGACUGGGUGUGAGGAUUUGCAGUGUGCAAAGCCCAAAAAGUCUAAACAAGAAAAAGGUGGAGUUAGGAGCCAGACCUUGCAAUUGCUGAGAGCUUGGAUUCAGCAAGUCACAAAGCCAUCAUGGUGUAGAUGUGCAAAGAAGAGAGCUUCAGCAGCUGGGUGAUGGCUGGCACUGCUGGGCAUAGGCUUCCCAGACAUCAUCUUCCCUUUCUCGCUUGUGCCCUAUAACGGUAAGCCUGGUUACAUGAGGUUCUUGCAGCUGAACGAGGUUACACCCUAUGGAUUUUCUAAUCCAUUUAUUAGGGCCUACUCUGGUUUGGUUCUUAAUCCUGAAGUGUGUGCGUGAAUCAUCAGUGUUAAAAUAAAUACUUAAAUGUGACAGAAAAGCUGUAACAAUAAAUCCAUGUGCUCCCCCAC